GAGCGAAGGGAAUAAUAUAACUACUUUCGUCCAGUGGAUCGAUAGCAUCCUCACCUCGGACAUCUUGGUAAACGCCAGUUUUUUGCGCAUAGAAGAUGAGAAGGGGAAGAAGAGGAAGCGACAGGAAAGUCUCGAGGAGGCGGCAGCAGCAGACAAGGUGAGAAACGCAAAACGGUUUCGAUGCGAAAAUGCGGAAAAUGCGAGCAAAACGUUGGAGGGGGAUGAGGAGGACAGAGGAAACUAUCACAGAGGGGGAAAUAACCAAGUUGCCAGCCCCCCCCUUUACCGAAAUGUUAAAAGGUCGACACAGCUGUACCCUUUAGAACCUGAUGAGAGCAUAAUGUUUUUUCAGGCAAAUCAAGAAAAUGAGCUUAUCGAUAGGGACAGAAUGCUUCCCAGGGGGAAACCCCCAAAUGAUGAUUCUUCCUCAUGUGAUAUAUCCGAAAUAGAAAGCGACGAAGAAUCCGAUGAAGGGAUGGUGAAGUCGGGGAGUAAGGAUGCACAAGAAAGGAAUCCACUCAUUGUUAAGCAAAAUUACGCAGAGGGGGGCAGCGAGUAUGUGCAUACUCAUGUGGAGGUAAAAGGAGGCGUUUCUGGCCUAUUUGUCUACGAUAUAACGAGCAGUCUUAUGUUUUAUUCGUCGGAUGAGGAUCACUACGAUGGGGAAGACGGUGGUGGGAAAGACUGUGCGGGGGGUGGUGAACAGAGUGCUGGCGAGGGAACAUCCAGGAGGCACAACUAUGAAUCCUUUUGCCUAAACUACGAUAAGAUGGAAAAAAAUAUAACUACUAUGAGGGAGAUGGACGAUGAAUUUUACUACUUAUCAAGGCAGGACCACCAGCAAGGGGAGGGUGUGAAGGAUCGGGAUGACACUCGAACAGUUGUUCCCGCUGUCACUGCAAAGGUUGACAGGGAAAACAACCCCCCCCGCGAGGAUAAUGUGCACACUGGCGGAAAAACGGCCACCGGCAGCAAUGAUAACAAUUGGGCGACCAACCGGGAGGAAGGCAACAACGUUAGCAAUAGCAAUGCCACGAAUUUGAAGGGAGGCGAGAGGACGAAGAAGCAGGAGGAAGCAUUCCCAAAGAAUGCGGCCACGAAUUUCUCCUUCUGGAAUGUAGCACACCAAACGUACGUAACAAGACCUCUGUACGCACAACACUUGAAAAAGGAGCAAGUCUCAUUAUUGGAUGAAUCUGAAGAAAUGGUCAAAAGCUUUUCCGUUAAUAAGUACUCCAUAAAAUUUGUGCCUAGACAUUUGCUUUAUGUGGUGAGUCAAGUAGCAUCCAGGACGUUUUUCGACCCCCUAUAUCGGAAGAAGUUGUUUCGUCAUUAUUA